AAGAAGGCGUAUAGGCACACAUCCUGUAAGCAAAGAACGGUGCCACACGUAUGCAAAAAUGAACAUCAGCUUUGAGGACGCUCCCGCCCGGUCUCACAUGGACGACGACCUUAUUAGGUGGAGAUGUAACAAACCUAAUUAUGACGUUGUCAAUGAACUUUAUCUGAAGGAAAGAUCAAAGACCCACAAACCUAACUCUGUGGAGAAGACAAUUGAGAAUUUAGUGAAGACCUUCGAGAUGGAGUUAACAAAUAAGAAGAUUCCCAAAGAAUGGAAGAGUAUCGCAUACGACGUUUUUAAAAUGCAGAUAAAUGGUGGGAAAUACUUCAGCGCAGACGAGCUUGCAGACGUCGGUAGCUACAACGCGCUUUUGGCCGAUGCACCUCUGUUCAAGGCAACAGGCGAAAAGCAGGAGAUCCUUCAUGGGCAGUAUAAAGAAGCCUUUCCUGGUGGAUUUGCCUGGGAGGUGCUGGAUGUCAUCUCAGGUAGAUACCAGUGUGUUGCCAGUGGGAGACCAGAGAUGGGGUGGGAAGAUUGUAUGCCCUGGGUCUGCAUUCAUUUACCGUUGUAUGGACAAGUGGUAGUUGGUACAGUUUUGUUUUAUUCACUUCAGCAUGUCAGUCUUUAUGUNUCCUUUUGUGCCUGUGCCAUCAAUUUGAAGUAG